AUGGCAAAGGACCAGAUACCAGAUUUGAACCUACCUGCCUUCAAGUUGGUCUUCGUGAUGCCCAGACACAACUCCAGAAAGCCAAGUAAAGGACCUAAAGACGGUAAGAAGUCUGCAAAGCAGAAUGGGAAGAAAGCAGUCGGCAGAGCGUCCUUCACUCCCCGGCUUGUGCACUGUGAUGAUCGUGCCAACCACGAGACUGAACUGAAACAGAAGAGGGUGGCGGAAUGGAGAGAGAAGCAGCAGUUAGCCCGGGAGGAAGAGAGGCACAGACGCAGGACCAUCAACAGCUACUGUCAGGAUGUCCUGAAACGCCAGGAGGAGUUUGAGCAUAAGGAGGAAGUUUUGCAGGAAUUAACUGUGCUUCCUCAGCUGGAUGAUGAAACCACAAGGAAGGCUUAUUAUAAGGAAUUCCGUAAGGUGGUAGAAUACUCUGAUGUGAUCCUUGAAGUCCUGGAUGCCAGAGACCCAUUGGGCUGCCGCUGUGCCCAAAUGGAGGAGGCUGUCUUGCAGGCAGAAGGUAACAAGAGACUAAUCUUGAUCUUGAACAAAAUUGACUUGGUCCCUAAAGAGAUUGUGAAGAAGUGGCUGGAUUACCUUCGGAAUGAGCUGCCCACUGUGCCUUUCAAGGCCAGUACCCAGCAUCAGAUUAAAAAUUUGAACCGUUGCCCUUUGCCAGUGGAACAGGCCUCUCCGUCACUGCUGAAAAGUAAGCUCUGCUUUGGAGCAGAAAACCUUAUGAGGGUUCUUGGAAACUAUUGCCGCCUUGGGGACGUGCGCACCCACAUUCGUGUGGGGGUUGUGGGCCUUCCCAAUGUCGGAAAGAGCAGCCUGAUCAAUAGCCUGAAGCGUAACCGUGCGUGCAAUGUAGGAGCUGUUCCUGGAAUCACCAGGUUCAUGCAGGAAGUCUACCUGGACAAGUUCAUUAGGCUCCUGGAUACUCCAGGCAUUGUCCCAGGACCAACCUCAGAGGUGGGUACCAUCCUACACAACUGCAUCCACAUACAGAAGUUAGCAGAUCCUGUGAGUGCCGUGGAAACCAUUCUGCAACGCUGCAAUUCAGAGGAGAUUUCCAACUAUUACAACAUUUCUGGGUUCCAGACCACCGAGAGCUUUCUGACUGCAGUGGCCUGCCGUUUGGGGAAGAAGAAGAAAGGAGGUAUAUACAGUCAGGAACAGGCAGCCAGAGCUGUCCUGGCUGACUGGGUGAGUGGGAAGAUCAACUUCUAUACUCUCCCACCAUCUACUCACACUUUACCCACUCACCUCAGUGCUGAGAUUGUGAAGGAAAUGGCAGAGGCUUUUGACAUUGAGGACACUGAACAGGGCAGUGAAGACACAAUGGAAUGUUUGGCCACUGGAGAAUCUGAGCUGGAUGACAAGGACUCGCUUGAAAUGAAGAUCGAGUGGCAGCAUUCUCCAGUGAUGGAAAGAGUAGACACCAUGGAAAAGAAAACCACUGUGCAUAAGGUGGAGCAGGCUAAAGGCGUUGUCAACCAUCCACCCAAGAAUUACAGCCUGGUGGACCGCCGCCCAGUGUUGCAGAGAAUCAUGGAGACAGAUCCCCUGCAGCAAGGUCACGCUCUGGCAUCUGCCCUGAAGAAGAAGAAGAAAAUGCAGAAACGGGCAGACAAGAUUUCCAGCAAGCUCUCCAAUUCCAUGAUGUCUGUCCUCAUCCUUUCUGGCAAUGCUGAUGGCGGUGCUGAUGACUGA